AUGGCCUCUCCUCAGAAAAUCCAGACUACCCUCACUGAUCUGCUCAAGAUCAACCACCCCGUCCUGCUGGCAGGAAUGAACGUGGCUGCCGGGCCCAAGUUGGCCGCGGCCGUCACCAACGCCGGUGGACUCGGUGUCAUCGGAGGUGUCGGAUACACUCCUGAAAUGCUCCGUGACCAGGUUGCCGAGCUGAAGAGCUUCCUGAACGACAAAAACGCUCCAUUCGGUGUCGACCUUCUCCUUCCUCAAGUCGGUGGAAGCGCGCGCAAGACAAACUACGAUUACACAAAGGGAAAGCUCAACGAACUCGUCGACAUCAUCAUCGAGAGUGGCGCUAAACUCUUCGUUUCCGCUGUCGGCGUUCCCCCCAAGGCCGUUGUCGACAGGCUUCACGAGCACGGAAUCCUAUACAUGAACAUGAUUGGUCACCCCAAGCACGCACAAAAGGCUAUUGAUAUCGGUGCCGAUAUUAUUUGCGCCCAGGGUGGUGAGGGUGGUGGCCACACUGGUGACGUUCCCACGACAGUUCUCAUUCCCACCGUUGCCAAGAUCUGUGAAGGCAAGAUCAGCCCCUUCACUAAGAAGCCCGUCCAGGUUGUUGCUGCUGGUGGUCUGUUCAACGGUAACUCUCUUGCUGCUUCUCUUAUGCUUGGUGCUUCCGGCGUCUGGGUCGGAACCCGUUUCAUUCUUGCCGAGGAGGCCGGUGCGCCCAAGGCUCACCAGGAGGCUGUCCGCACUUCUGGCUUUGAGGACAACAUCCGCACUAUCAUUUUCACUGGUCGCCCCCUGCGUGUGCGCAAGAACGAGUAUAUCCUCAACUGGGAGAACAACCGCGCCGAGGAGAUCAAGCAGCUUACUUCCAAGGGUGUCAUCCCUGUUGAGCACGACAUGGAGAACAUCCCCGAUGAUGUUGAUGACGAGUACCUUGAGAACGCCCGCCCAUAUCUGAUGGGCAAGGUCGCUGCUGUAGUCAACGAGAAGAAGAGCGCCAAGGCUAUCGUUGAUGAGCUCGUUGACGAUGCCGCCGUUCUUCUGGCCAAGGGCAACAAGUUGCUUGCCAAGCUGUAA